ACACGCACCAGACCGAGCCAUGACGGUGCUGUGCAAGCUCUCGUCGCCUCGUCUGACAGCAAGUGGAUCGCUAGUGCCGCGCACGACGGGAAAAUCAUUCUCUGGGACGUCCGCCAGCAGAUCCCAACCCGAGAAUGGACGGCUUCCGGAAAGGGCCAGGAGUUCUUUUCCCUCGCCUUUUCCCAUGAUAGUCGACGCCUUGCUGCAGCCGGAGGUGGCGAGCUUGCGCACUGCUGUCUCUGGGACCUCGCCUCAGGCAGACUACGCAAAGUUCUUCAAGGACACACUGCACCUGUCACCACCGCCGCGCUCGAUCCUACAGGCACCCGACUCGCAACUGCGUCUAUGGAUCAUACCGUCCGCAUCUGGGACACCGAGGGCGGGGCUCUCAUCACCGUCCUGCGCGGUCACUUGGGACCGAUCCUGGACGUUGCGUUCUCCCCUGACGGGAAAUUCGUGCUUUCUGCCUCGGAAGACAAGAAGGCGAAGAUCUGGCCCGUCUCUGGAGGGGAAUGCACGCUGUCGUUCAAGCACUUCAACUGGGUUCACGCAGCGAGGUUUUCUCCCGACGGUCGGUACGUUGCGACGACGUCGUGGGACCACACAGUGCGGUUAUUCAAGGUGGAGGACGGUUCGUUGGUGAGGAGACUUUGGGAGCACGAGGGCGCACCGGUGCGCCAUGUGGUUUUCUCUCCCGAUGGGGAGACGCUCUGGUCUGGAGCGGACGAUGGAUCGCACUGCUGUCUCUGGGACCUCGCCUCAGGCAGACAACGCAAAGUUCUUCAAGGACACACUGCACCUGUCACCACCGCCGCGCUCGAUCCUACAGGCACCCGACUCGCAACUGCGUCUAUGGAUCAUACCGUCCGCAUCUGGGACACCGAGGGCGGGGCUCUCAUCACCGUCCUGCGCGGUCACUCGGGACCGAUCCUGGACGUUGCGUUCUCCCCUGACGGGAAAUUCGUGCUUUCUGCCUCGGAAGACAAGAAGGCGAAGAUCUGGCCCGUCUCUGGAGGGGAAUGCACGCUGUCGUUCAAGCACUUCAACUGGGUUCACGCAGCGAGGUUUUCUCCCGACGGUCGGUACGUUGCGACGACGUCGUGGGACCACACAGUGCGGUUAUUCAAGGUGGAGGACGGUUCGUUGGUGAGGAGACUUUGGGAGCACGAGGGCGCACCGGUGCGCCAUGUGGUUUUCUCUCCCGAUGGGGAGACGCUCUGGUCUGGAGCGGACGAUGGGUCGGUUUCUGGGCGCCGACUCGGCAACGUUCUCCGAGCAUGA